AUGGGUUCCCUGCCUAACGACAGUAAGACUGAUAACGGGCCACGUCUCGGCAACAUCAAGGAUGUGGCCGUCAUCGGCGCCGGCAUAAGCGGUGUGGUGUCGGCGGCCCACCUUCUUCGGGCCGGGUUCAACGUCACCGUGUUUGAACGGACCGGCGUGGUCGGCGGCGUAUGGGACUACACACCUCAACCAGAUAGGGCGCCACCAUUCCCCAAUGUCGUACCCCCUUCGCCGAAUUGGUCAGAAGUUGAGAAAGAAGGGCUAAGCUCAGAUGAAGUCGCCCUGAUACACGCACCGCCUAACCCCUGCUACGCCGGAUUAAAGAACAACAUCCCAACCCCUGUCAUGCGAAGUAGCUUACUACGGUGGCCAGAAGGCAGCGAAGACUUCGUAGACCAAAAAGUCGUCAACGCAUACAUCAACGACAUUGCCCGGCUCCACAAGGUCAACGACCACGUGGAAUUCCACACCAGGGUGGAAAGCGUGUCGAAGCCGGAAGGCGACAGCAAAUGGACCGUCAAGACCAGCACUUUAACGAUAACCGACUCCGGCCACACGUUGACGAAGAAAACCUGGACUUUCGAUGCCGUGGUGGUCGCCAGCGGACACUACCACACUCCGUUCGUACCGGAUAUUCCAGGGUUAGCAGCGUGGAAGCAACGCUUCCCGGAUCGAAUCACCCACUCGAAGCAAUACCGAACCCCCGCUCCGUUCGCCAACCAGACCGUCCUCAUAAUCGGCGCCGGCGUCUCAUCCGUCGACAUCGCAAACGAGGCGGCAGCAGUAGGGGCCAAGAUAAUCCAGAGCAGGCGAGUCAGCAAGUACGACGUGCUGGGGCCGCGUCUGCCCAAAGACGCCGAGCGCGUCCCGCUCGUGACCCGGUUCGUCAUCGACGAGAACGCCGAAGACGCCCAGCAGUCCCCGCCGCUGGAGCCGGGGCACGCGAUCCCCGGAAAAGCGGUCCUCGAGGACGGACAGGUGAUCGAAGGGAUCGACCGCGUGGUCGUCGCGACGGGGUACAUCACGACGUACCCGUUCCUGGGGGCCCUCGAGCAGCCGCAGGUCGCGUGGCAGGACGCGGACGACCGGGUGCUGAUCACGUCGGACGGGUACAUCACGCACAACCUGCACAAGGACGUGUUCUACAUCGCGGACCCGUCGCUCGUCUUCGUCGGCGUGUCGCACUACGUCUCGACCUUCUCGCUCUUCGACUUCCAGGCCCAGGUCGCGGCGAAGGUCCUCGCGGGCCACGUCAGGCUCCCGCCCGCCGAGGCCAUGAGGCGCGAGCACAGGGAGCGGAAGGCGCGGUUUCAGCCCGACGACAAGUUCCACAGCAUGUUCGCCGUCGAGGACGAGUACGUAGAAGAGGUCUUGAACUGGGUUAAUGAGGAGGCGCGGAAAGCCGGUAAGGACCCGCUGCCGGGGCUCGAUGAGGAGUGGCACGCUGGAUAUAAGCAACUUAAGGAAAGACUUCGGAGCUCAAGGGGGCUUUGA